AUGCUGCUGCGCUGCAGCGUGGGCCCCCGGGGGGGCCCCCAGGCCAGCUUGAGGUCCCAUGGGGGGCCCCCCCUGGACUGGCUGCUGCCCUCUAGUGAUCUGCAUGCCAUAAGGGUACUGCUGGGGGCCUCUGCUGCUUCUUUAGUUGUCUCUGUGGGCCUCUUUUGCUGCGGGGCCCUUUGGGGGCCCCCCGAACUCCGCAGAGACAUUGACUACUGCCACGGCUGCACAAGCUGCCCCCCGGCGGGCCUCGCAGCAGCAGCAGCAGCAGCAGCAGCGGGGGGGGCCCCCCACGUGCAGCUGCAGCAGCGGCUGCAGGACCCCUGGGCGCUGCAGCAGCAGCUCCAGCUGCAGCAGCAGCAGCAGCAGCCGAAGAAGUGCUUGUUGCAGCUAGUGUCGUUUAAUCCUGAAGCACACAACAGCAGCAGCAGCAGCAGCAGCUCUGCUGCAGCGCAGCAAGGCUUCCUCCCUGGCGAGGGCCUCCGCAGGCACGGGGGCCCCGGGGCCCCAGGGCAGCAGCGCUGGCCGGGUGCUGCCUUGCGGUGGCUCUUGCUGCUGCUGCAGCGCCGCAGCAGCCGCAGCAGCCGCAGCCCAAGAACUUUGGGUCUUUAG